CUCUUUUACAAUCUUUCUUUCCGUCACAUAAACAGUUCAAAUUCAUGUUUCCGCUUCUUUUCCUCAACUAAAUGAGCUAUUCCUUUUCAUUGCCAACUACAGGAGCUGUAUCGUUUGUAGAUUAUGUUGAUAGUACAAAUUCAUCGGUCUCAACUAAAAUCGCUGAUGCCACUGCACAAAGAGGGCGUUUACGAGCCGUAUUGAAGGGAAUGAAAAAAGAAACACAUUCAGAACGAGACUAUCAGCUACUUAUAAACACCAUUGAAGAAUAUCUGCCCUAUUUAAUUGGACUUGUCAACUGUAUUGAAAGUAAAGAAGUGGCAUUGAAAAAAGAUAUCGAAACAUCCUGGAGAUCUACUCUGAGCGAUCACAUUAUACACACUGGCAGUAACGCACCGCGUAUCACUUGCAAAGAUAUCCAAUAUGAAUUGAUUUUCGUCCUGAUGACAUACGCUUAUGCUUGUACGUUAAAAGCAAACGAAAUUCUCAGAAUCAGUAGUAGUCCUUAUGAUCAUCAUCAUGGUGUCAACGGUGAUGGUACCAGCACCAGCAAUAAUAGCCAUUCCAGCGCUGUUAAUGCAGAUACGUAUAAUAAAGCCACCAAUUUAUUGAAUACAGCUGCUGGUGUAUUUCAUACAGUAGCAAAUGACGUGAUACCCACUUGGCAACCCAACGGCAGCAACAGCAAUAACAGCAAAGACAGCGAUAAUAGUAGCAGCAGUAGUAGUAGCAUCAGUAGUAAUAGCAGCAAGCCGGUAGAGACAAAUCGAGAAUUCGCAAUCGCAUUAUCAAAAAUGACUUUAGCGGAUGCACAAGCAGUGGCUAUAAGUAAAGCAUUAGUAACUAGCAAUAUAUCGAAAUCAUUGACAGCAAAGUUAUAUAUGGGAGUAGUGGAUCAAUAUGAGAUGGCAUUUGGCUUAAUCAAUUCCAUUCCUUCUGGCACUCAGGAAGUGACGACAGACCUGAAAAAAUAUUUGUCAGAUGGAACAUUAUAUUAUAAAGCAAUGGCAAAGAAAUAUUUGGCUAUGGAUGCAAAUCACCAUCAAAAAAUGGGUCAAGCAUGCGGCUUUGCAAGAGAUGCUAAAGCAGAAUUGAAAUCAUUACAACAGCAUUCUAUCACAAAAGCAGCUGCUCAUAAAUUGAAAAAGUUAUCUUCUUCAGGCACAGCAACAACAAUCGCUGUGGCAAUGAAAGCAGCAAAAGAAGAAGAAAUCGUCGCAGAUAUGCUUUCUCAAUAUCAAAUGAUCAACGAUAAAGUGUCUUACGAACCCGUUCCUUCUCGCCAAGAAUUGCAAACGUUGAUACCUGGAGGAAGAAAUUUAUUGGAAUUAAAACAUUUUGCUUUACCGGAACCCAUGUUUGGUCCUUCAGUGAAAAAAGAAGAAAAAACUUACUUACUGGAAGGUCGUUAUUUCUAAUCAACAAAAUUACAAUUCAUCUAUACCUAUACCUGCGUUUCUGCCCAUAUCAACCAAUGGAUCAUCGUCUGCCUAUCGAAUAGUUUGCCCCGUCAUCUCUUAUCUUCUACAAUUGUUACUUGCUCCUUUAUGCAAGUCUAUUUUAUGUCUUGAUCAUUUCUCCCUUCCCUCAGCAUCUUUCCUUUUGGGA